AUGCCCGUGGGUAUGGCUUCAGUCACUAACAAUCAGUUGUGUAAAGUAUGCCAGCUACUCGUCUUGCAUAUUAGUUCCAGACCUGGCCGUGGAUCGCUCCAACUUCACUCAACAUUUGAACUGCUCGAAGAACGCUCGAAGAGUGCUUGUGGGAUAUGUGUAGAACUUCUACGUUCUUUAGGAGAUGGCGUUGUUGGCGACGCAGUCAAUCCACUAGCGUCCCUUUUCCCGGUCAUCUGCGAAUAUGAUACAUCUUCAGCGAGUUGGCAAAGCUCAUUUGAUGUGGUGUUCAAACUAUCCAAGUCCAUUGACUUCAGUCUACGCUUUAUCUUCGAGAUUGUAGAGAAUACCGAGAACGAGGCAAUCGGAUAUGCACCCUCAUCGUCUACAGACUCUCCUCAAAGCUGGGAGUUGAUCGGUCGUUGGCUCAACCAAUGCAUCCACGAGCACGAGCGAUGUAACAUAGCUGCUGAAGAACCCUGGGUUCCAACACGUCUUCUCGACAUUGGUACCUCUGAGGACAGUCCGGUACGCCUGCUAGAUCGCGAUGAGACGCGUCUUCUAUCCAAACAGUCUUACGCCACGCUGUCUCAUUGCUGGGGUAUGAUGAAUCUCAUCAAGACGAUUAAUAGCAAUCUACGAAGCCACCAACAGGAGAUCCCCCAUGGAGAGCUCCCACUGACUUUCAAGCAUGCCAUCAAGAUUGCAAAAAACCUCUGUCUACGCUACUUAUGGAUAGACUCGCUUUGCAUAAUCCAAGAUUCGGCGGAGGAUUGGCAGCAUGAGGCUGACUUGAUGAGUAAAGUGUAUAGGUAUUCGUUCGUCAAUAUAGCCGCCACUGGAUCUAGCGAUAGUACUGGCGGCUGCUUCCGGGAAAGAGUCGAGCGGAAUAUACUACCUACAGAAGUGUACAUCCAAUGGCAUAGCAGUCGGGUUGGUCGCGAUGGAGAAGCUCAAAAGAUCAAAUAUCGUGUAGUGCUGGAAGCGGAACAGUGGACCAGAAAACUUACAGACGAGCCGCUGAAUCAACGCUGCUGGAUUUUACAAGAGAGGAUUCUCCCUCCUCGUGUCCUUCAUUUCGGAAGUGAGCAGCUCUUCUGGGAGUGCCAGGAGUUUUUUGCAUGCGAGACCUACCACUGCGGUCUACCUGCUGCCCUUCAGAACCAUCCUCUCAUCAACAUCAAACGUACACAACUUAAAAACGAACCCAAAUACCACCGAUGGCCCACAAACUACAUAGCAGGGAUUCCGAAGGAGACUUCAUAUGCACAGAGACUCUGGUCCAACUUCACAGCAAUAUUUCGACCAAUCGUCAUUCACGAAACAACGCUGUAUACCGCUAUGAACAAUACAUCUAUUUAUAAGAAUUGGUACGCGAUUGCCGAGCUAUACUCCAUGGGCAAACUGACGUUUGCGGGAGACAAGCUUGUAGCUUUAUCUGGAAUUGCACAGGCUAUCAUCACUGUUGAUUCUAAUGACCACGGCGAUGGCUAUCUUGCAGGCAUAUGGCAGUCAUCAUUGCCAGCCUCUCUCCUCUGGCGGCCGAUUAACACCAAAGCUGCACAGAGACACAAUCACCACGGACACUCAGGUGUCUCUUACAGAUAUGUGGACCGGAAUUACGACUAUUACGUUGCACCGACAUGGUCCUGGGCCUCGGUAGAUGGUCAGAUCUCCUUCGAGUCAUGCCAGAUGAACUGGACAUCCGAAGACUACCUAGCUCGGAUGGAAGACGCAAGUGUAUCUUAUCACGACCGCUAUCGUUUCGGCCAGGUAACAUCAGGAUUCGUAAAAGUUUCCGCACCCGUGGCGACAGCUCUGUGGGAAAUCAAGGAUGAAUACCCUCCACCUUUACCUCCACGCAAUGAGUCCAAGCUGAUGGUAAUAUCGCAAAUGUUCCCACCUCAUCUCACUCGCCGUGCGUCUGUCAAGGUAGAUAUAGACAGACCACCUUACGAAGAGAUCUUUCUUGAUUCGUUCAUGGAAGACAUACCCGAAGAACUAACGCUCUUGUGUAUCAUUGGGCGUCAAAGACAGGGUCUUCUUAUCACCGAGGGACUGGUACUGCAGCGGUCGACCGAAGCUGAUAAGUAUAUCCGUAUAGGCUUCUUUCAGGUUUUGCAUAAUCAGAAAAGGAACAUUCUCAUGAACAUGCCACGGCGGUCAAUUACUAUAAUAUGA